AUGUUCAGCACUAGUUUUGAAGAUUUUUGCGAUUUUAACGAUAGUAUCUGCAGCAAUGAUUCGGGUUUUGAAAGGUCCUACGUAGAUUCAUCGGCUACUCCAGUAUCAGUUAACAGCACACCCAUAAAAAAUGAUACUAUAGAUUUGGGAGUAUCUCUCACACCAACCAAAAAAGAACCCAAUGUCCGUAGGAAACUAUUUGCUGAUAACUACGAAUACUCUUAUCAAGAUUCAGUGGACAUGAAGAAAUUUGAAGAAAACAUGCAUGAAAAUAACAAUACUUCAACUCCUAUAAAAUCUAGAGAAAGAAAACCAAGAGAUCCAAAUAAACCGAAAAGAAAAUAUGCUAAUGGCAAGAAUAGGGUGACAAGAUCCAAAAGUCCAACACAAAUAAUGAAAAUAAAGAGGAAUAGAAGAAUGAAGGCUAACGAUAGAGAAAGAAACAGAAUGCAUAUGUUAAAUGAAGCGUUAGACCGGCUCAGGUGUGUUCUACCAACAUUUCCAGAAGACACGAAGCUAACAAAAAUAGAGACCUUAAGAUUUGCACAUAAUUAUAUUUUUGCUCUUAGCCAAACCUUAGAAUCUCUAGAUAAUGUAAAUCCUGGACAAAUACCACCUGAAGGAUAUGCUUUGAAUUACGAAAAGUUACAAAAUUACUCUAUCACAGGUGAAAAAAUAACCAAAGAUGCGUUUAGGGAAAUAUUUCUUGUACCCAAUAAAACUGAGGAAUAUAACAAUGAUGGUAGUUAUAGAUGUUUUCAAGGAUUCAGUAGACCCUUUCCGAAUGGGUCUAAUUUCAUGCAGACUCCUGAGGGUGUACUGAUAAAUGUUGGGAAUGUUACAGUUUCGGUUAACAAUAAAGGCGGCAAUUGCAUAACAUCUACGACUGGAAGUGGAUUUUUUACAAAUCCCUCUAGUUUCGGAGAUGACACAAUUCAACAAACUUGUUAUAAUCAAAGACAAUUUUCACCUUGUAAAAGUACUAAUGACACUUAUAAUUCAAAUAUACAUAAUGGUUCAGAAGAAUAUUUCAAUAAUACAAACUAUGAAAUAUUUAAAACCGCUUUUGAAAAUGCUAAAAAUAAAAGACCGACAAGAAGUGAAGAUUACUCAAGUAAUUACGAGCCAUACACCAAUUCUAUGUAUGGAUAUAACGAGAGACAUUUUAUUGAUAAUUACUAUGGUCAAAAUAAUUCAUAUUAUAAUGACCAAAGAUGUUAUAGAAAUUUUUAUAACAGAACCAAUAAUGUAGUAAAUGCUCAAAUUUAA